CCUCCCUGCCUGCCGCCCUCCCUGCCGCCCGCGCCCGCCGCAGCGCCGCUCCCUGCACUGCCCGGCGCGUCUGCCCGGCGCGCUGUGCGGGAGGCGGCCGCUCCUCCUGCCGCGUGCCCGCCGCCCCGCAGGCCGCCCCGCUCCCCUCAGAAAAUGAUGCACCCCGUUGCCAGCGGCAAUCCAGCUUUCUGUGGGACUGGCAAGAGUUCUUGCCUUAACGAAGACAAUGUGAGAGCUGCUGACCAGUUUGACUUGUAUGCCACACAGCAAAGCAAAUACAGCCACGCAGUCACCCACAAACCCAUCGCGUGCCAGAGACAAGAUGCGCUGACCGAGUCGCACUUGCAGACCACGAGUGGCAGGAAUAUAGAGACAAAAGAUGAACUAAAGAAAAAGAAAAACCUCAACCGGUCUGGUAAACGUGGAAGGCCAUCAGGGACCACCAAAUCAGCAGGGUACCGAACCAGCACAGGUCGACCCCUGGGGACCACCAAAGCAGCUGGAUUUAAGACAAGUCCAGGCAGACCCUUGGGUACAACUAAAGCAGCAGGAUACAAAGUCAGCCCAGGCAGACCUCCAGGUAGCAUUAAAGCUCUCUCACGGCUUGCAAAUCUAAGUUAUACUUGUGGCAAUGCAGCUUUCCCCUAUCCUAUGGUGCAUAACAGAGGAGUACAUGCUGUUGGUGAAACCAGUAGCAAAAUGAAACAGCCUAAUGAAUGAAAGGAGGGAAUUAAUAACCCCUUACUAAUCCGCUUUACUCUGAAUUUUGGCAUGUUUCUUGCAUUUUGUUGUAGUGUUUGCCUAAGUCUGAAUUCCUAGAUUUAAUUUUUAUUCAAUGCCACAGCCUACGGGUGCAGUUUAGUAACUUUUAAGCCAAUGUUGAAAAGACACUGGUUUAGAGGAGGUUUUGUUGCUUUUAAAUCAUGAUUUAAAAGAAAGUCUGAAGUGAUGCAUAUGCCUUGGUAUCAAUACUUAAGUAAUGCCCACGUCCCUAGUUUUAUGUUCAGUUUCUGCUAAAUCUAGUUGUGUGGUUAUGCAUUAAAUAAUUGAAAUAAGGAGGACAGAAUUAGCUAGCUGUUGGUUCAUGAUGUGGCCUGUCCCACAAUAAGGAGUUUAGCCAGAUGAGUUCUUACUUAAUAAGAAAAAUUGAUCAAGAAAGCAGCCAGCUACAUUUUCCACUUUGGCGGGAGGUUCUACAGACUUCGAAUAGAUACUUUAAAAAGACAAACAAAUUCAGCCUUUUCUGAAGUGCUGAUUUCAGGUGGCUUUUUUUCGUGGAAUUGUAGCAGUAAGACAAUUUCAACUAAUGCUCCAAAAAUAUUUUUGAAAAUACUAAAACUGAGCAUUUGUAGAGCGCGUUACAGCGUCACAGAGCCUUACUGAUACGAGCUGAUUUGCCUCUAGGUGAUAGCUGUUCUUGUAGUUACACAGGUAGAGGAUUCUGCUGUGUAAUUUUUAUUUGCCUAAUAGUAUAUAUACACCAAACCACAAAUAAUUAUUUGAAGUAUUUUAUAAGAAGUACUGUUAAUUCUAGUUACACACUUGGUUAAUAUUAAACACUAGGUUCUUAAAUCUGUAAAUAGCUAUUUACACUGGGUUUUGCCUUUCAAAUCUGUGCUUAGAUGGCAACAGUUUAAUAGCUUUUAAAGUAUUAAUCUAUAAUGUUUACAAGUUAAACUUUUUAACUAGACACUGUUGCCAAGUUUUCAGGCUUAGUUUUGCCAGAUACUCCUGGAAAUACUUAUUUUGACACUUAUACUAUAUUUAAGUUAUGGAAGCUUCUAUAUCUACCAAAGGACACCAGUGUCAUGUUUUGUGAAAGCAAACUGUAUAGCUGAUGCAAACAGGAUGCAGUUUACUGCACUGCUACACCCCAGAUAGAAAGUAAUUCAUCUAUGCAUGCAAGCUGAAAAAAAUAUGAAAAUUAACUAUAAAUACCUUUCUUGACUCAAACUAAAACCUUCCCUGCUUCCAAAAGAAAAGCUCCAUUUUUUCAACUAGGUGUCUUUAGGGGCUUUUUUAAGUGUGAGAGAGUGUGUGUGUGUGUGUGUGUGUGUGUGUGUAAAAUAGUUGAAUCUAGACUUAAAACACAUCAGUCCUGAAUGUUGCAUAUUUGUCCUAAAUUUAUUUUACUGGAAUUAAAGUGCUUUUUUAAAGUUGUUUCACCUAUCCUAUGACAUGGUAAAUUAGUAGCUUCAAAUAUCUGGGGGGUUGGAGAAUAUCAAGUUUGCAGAUUUGGGGUAGCAGAAAAAUUUGGGUAAAUUGAGCUUAUGCUGAAUGAGUAAUGAUGCUGAUAAUUUUUGUUAACAUAAAUGCUGUUCUGGCCUGCUGUCAUUUAGAUGAGAACUCUUGAUUUCAGUGAUGACAACUUAAGAAACAGAUGUCAUGUUUCAUACCUUUUUUAUCAGGAAAAAAGCAGCAAGCCUUCAGGUGUUCCAGUGAUGCCUAACACAUAUUGAGCUGGACUUUAUGCUGUACUUUACAAUAGGUGUGUUGAAUUGGUUUGGGGGAACUGUGUAUGCACUGGCAACUAAGACAAUGAACCUCAACUGGUCUGGAUGGCUCCUUAGUCGCUAGAUGAACUAAUGGCAGCUAAACUGCUACUAAAAACUAGUUUCUUCAUGCUGAAGCUAUGAAGUCCAGUUACACGUUCUGUUCCUCAACAAACUCGCAAGUCUGAAGUUUAGCAAUCUUUCUCAGAACGAUGUAACUUCUGACACAUGCAAAAUGCUAACGUGAGUUAAUUCACCCUCAGGAUCUGUGUUGUAUUGGCUGUUUUUAAUCAGAUGAUUUUUCAACACAAGACUGCUUUAAGUUCUUUCUGAACUCAGCUGGGAAAGCAGUCCUCUUCAGCUGAAUGUAGUAACCACAGGAGUGUCACACCUCGCUGGCAAGGAUCCUGUUGCAUGUCACCACUGUACCUUGGAGAAACUCCACUUCUUACCUCCUCCUGUUUAUCCCGGUUGCUCCUGUUCUGUUCUCACUUGUGCAUCUACUCAACGGUGCUGUGCUGUGUGUCAGGAGAUAAUGCAGAUGUAUUGCUGUUCUGCUAGUAGAAUUAAUUUUGUAUUCGAGUAUGGUGAUGAAAUAAUUAAAUCAUCUAAGCAAUUCCUGUUCAUUACAGUGUUUAUGAAUUAUAUCAGAUGGAAUAUAAUCCCAGGAAAAAAAACCCAACAAUUAACUUGUCAAAUUGUGAAAUGAUGAGCAUAAAGUAGAGAAGUGUUUAGGGAGUCUGUAAUGGGCUGCUUGGCACUCUACAUUUAAGAAGACCAUAAGUGCACUGCAAGGCAUUCCAAAUUCUGGUUUCUUUUAGAUCUGAAUCAAGCUUGCUGGUGCCAUGCAGUAAGGGAUAGAAAAAAGAAGUUCAGAGAUUCAAAGUGAACUAGAAAUGGAACUUCCAAAUACUUCUGCUUUUCCUAGGUAUAAUCUGCAGAAUACAUUGUGCUUUUUUCAACACUUUUCUUCCCAUGACAAACACUGCAACAGCAUGUUAAUGCCUAAACUUCACUAGCACCCAUGGGAAAACUGGCCUUUUCCCCCCAUAGUAGGAAAACAUUACUUGUAAGGUAACUUGCUUAUUUUAUAUUAUAUAUCCUAAUUCAGCUAUUCAUAAGCUAGGAUCACUGUUGUGUGUUAACACUGUUCAGAAGAUCUACAUGUCAAGUUUGUUUUUUUAUAAUUUCUUUUAAUUAUCAAAUUUUAAUUAUCAAACGUCUUAUUUAUACAUAAAUGAAAUGUAUUAGCUUGCUAUUAUUCCUUAAUGAUGCUAUACAAGUUCACUGUUUAGUAUACAUAUAGUAACUACUAGUCAGUUUCUGAUUACAUUUACUUAAACUUUUAAAACCAAAUAAUUUCGCUACUAUAAAGUCUUGCACUGGACAUAUCCAAGAUGCUUGCACCAUAUUUUGGGCAGAAAAAAAAUGAAAUACCAUCAGAAGUGGCUAACUGAUAUCAAAUAUAGUAUUUUUAAAAUCAGCAGUUAGCUUUGUCAUUAGAGCAAUGUUCUUUGUAUCUCGGAUUUAGCUUAAACUAAUUAAAAUAAGUAUGCAUCAAGAGCCAUUAAAGAUCUUUGUUCUGAAUUAAUAUAUUUUCAUUUUGUCUGAAAGAUGGUAAGAGUUCGGGCAGGACAAAACCAAGCCUUGUCAGUGAAAAGUGAUGUGUCUGUGAAAAGAAUCACUUGGAACUACAGUACACAGAGUAAUUCAGAUGAGAAUCUAACUCCCUUCCCCGUUUUUGGAGAGCUUUAAAAGGCAGAGCAAUGUGAAGUCAUUUGUCUGAUGGUUUCAUUAGCUGUGACUCUGCUGUUCUUUGUUAUUUGUGUAAUGAUGUUUCAUGCUAUCCUUAGAGUUGACAGUUAAAACAGUUGGUAACAAUCAUAAAUACUUUAAACUGCAGACUUAAUUUCUGACCACAAAAGUUUAUUCUUCUCUAUUUUAAUGCAUAUAUUUUAACACUGCUUAAAUAUAUUUAUGACUUUAGUAGAGACUAGAGCUUUCUUGUGUUUUGUUUUUUUUUUUCAAAUAGAAAAAUCUGUAUUCUUAAACUUGAACCACUUUCUGAUAUUUUAAUCUUUCAUCAUUUCUCUUCCACAGGUUUACUUUGGGGUAAACAGUAAUCUGUUCAAUAACUAGUAUCGGCACCCCACCUUCUGCUGUAAAAAGCCUGAUUAGAUACUGUGUAUGUUUUUAUGUCCAUGAACUUGAGCUACUCGUGUGCAAUUAUGUGUAUGGGAAUGGAGUAGUGUUCAUGAUCUGUAUUUACAUCAUCAUAUGGAUGUAUAUUUAUUAAUAAAGUUAAUACUUUAAAACCUA